AGGUUGUUCGCUAUAGCGCAGUGGGUGGGGGACCAUGAUCAGAACAUCUCGAAUUCAGUGGAUAGCAAUCAUCGUCAUGGUGACAAUCUCAUUCAUACUCAUCCAUAACGCUUACACUGUUCAUAAAAACAGUGGCAAGCCACUCAUCAAAGGAAAUAUUGAAGCUGUCAAAAUUGCCAGCAUGCCUCGUCCUGCGAGUAUAUCCAGCUUCAAGGAACCAGAAUUUCCCUUUGAAGUAAUUGUGACUGGGCAAGAUGCUGAUAGAGAUGUAAGAAAGAAUGGAGGAAAGUCAUUUGGCGCAGCUGCUUUCAGUCUGGAAGGACAAACAUGUCGAAUACCAAAGCUGGAUAUCAACGGUUCGGAAGUCAAAAACUUCUUUUUCAAUUCAAAGCCUCUUGAAUGCUCAAAAAAUCCUCAAAAUUGGCUUUUCAUCGAUGGUAGCAACAAUGUGCAGUAUAUAGAAAGCAGGAAGAGCGCCAAGUGCAGCGGAUCAUACGUUACGAGAAAGAAUGAUUCAAUGAGUAUCCAUACUGCUUUUGACUCGUUGCCAGCCGGUAAUCCCAUGAAGUCUGAUUUCGCCGUCGUCCGCUGCAAGGAUGGAGAGCAAACAUGGGACGGUAUACUGAUGAGCGUUGUACGGCGGAGUGAUCAGGAAUUACUCAACCAUGACUCGAUGAAAAGUCCAGAUGGCUCUGGAUUGAAUGUGUAUUUCUUGGGAUUUGAUUCGCUCAGUCAAAUGUCUUUCCGACGAAAAUUGCCAAAGUCUGUCAAAGUUCUCGAGGAAGUGUUUGACGCGGUGGUUUUGAACGGGUACAAUAUUGUUGGUGAUGGCACACCUCAAGCAUUUAUUCCAAUUCUUACCGCAUCGACUGAAGAAGAACUUCCUCUAACCAGAAAGCGAUUCCAAAAUGCCAAUUAUGUGGAUGACGUUUAUCCAUUUAUCUGGUCGAAUUUCUCUUCUGCUGGCUAUGUCACACUAUAUGGGGAAGAUGUAUUUGUUGUAGGAGCUUUCAAUUAUCGGUUGAAAGGUUUCCGUAAUCAGCCAACUGAUCACUACCUGCGGACAAUUUUCAAGGAUUACGAAAAGAAAGGAGGACAUUGCCUUGGCUCUGAGCCUCUUCACAAGACUUGGUUCCGUUAUUCGCGUGAAUUUAUGCAAGUUUACAAAGAUAUGCCACGUUUUCUUCUAAUGCAUCAGUGUCGACUUUCGCAUGAUGAUAUAAACUUGGUGGAAGUGGAAGAUGAAGAUCUUGCAUCGACAUUGUUGGAAAUGCACAAGAGUGGUGCACUGGAUGAUGCUCUAGUGAUUGUAAUGGCUGACCAUGGCCAUCGUUUCGCGAAAUUACGCGAAACACAUCAGGGACAACUUGAAGAGCGUUUGCCAUUCUUUGCCAUUUCUUUGCCAGCCAAAUUCCGCCAAACUGAAAUUGGAAAGAAAAUGGCUGAGAAUCUUCGGGGGAACAAGAACAGGUUGACAACGCCUUUUGACAUCCACGCUACGCUUAUGGAUAUCCUUCAUCUCCCAAAAGACCUCAGCGCUAUGCAGGACACUAGCAAACGAUCCCUGUCCCUUUUUCGCCCGAUUCCGGAGAAUCGCACUUGCUCACAGGCUGGUAUAGAAGCACAUUGGUGCACAUGCCUUAAGUGGGAAGACGCUAUGAAUACUCCUGAAGAUAAGGAAAUGUCGCAAAAGUUGGCGCUUGCUAUAGUAAGUGUCAUCAACAGACAGUUGAAGGAUGUAUUCCAUCUGUGCGCCAAGCUUUCGCUCAAAGAACUCCUUGAAGCGAAAAAACUUGUACCGAACGAGGGAUUAUUGAAGUACAAAAAUGUGAAAGACAAGGAUGGUUUUGUUCCGGAUCUGAGCGGAAAAACGAAGACCGCCUUUGCCCAUUAUCAGAUCAAGCUAAGAACGAAACCUGGCAAUGCUGUCUAUGAGGUGACGCUAUUCUACGACUUUGUCGCAAAAGAGGUGCAUAUUGAUUUAAAUUCAAUAAGUCAUCCGAGCAAGUUUGGUGACGCUCCGCACUGUAUCAUAAAUGACAACUAUUUUUUGGCUACUUUUUGCGUAUGUCAUGACAAAGUCACUUCUUUUGAUAGCUAAUUAUCGAUUAGCUAACCUUUGUUAGUAAGAUCUUAUUAAUUCACGGGCGAAUACGUUUCGUUGAUUGAGUAUUAUUGUGAUUCUUUGUAUGUGGAUUUGAUAUAUAUCAUUCACAUUUUGAUUUCAAUAUAGUGUGGUCUAGUAUAGUGCCUUUUCUAAGUUUUCCCUACGCAAGUUGAAGUAUACUUUGGUUACAUUGUUUGGACGAAAUCCUGCGAAUUGCUUCCUAAGUAGUGCAUUUCGCCUAGACGCACUAUGCAUGUGCAUGUGAGUAUACCAG